AUGAGCGACAGGGGCAUUCUAAGAAAGUAUAAGAUCGUCUUCUUGGGCGACCAAAGCGUCGGUAAGACCUCGUUAAUCACAAGAUUCAUGUAUGACACCUUCGAUGAGCAGUAUGCUGCCACUAUUGGAAUUGAUUUCCUCCUGAAAACCAUGUAUUUGGAAGACAACAAGACUGUGCGUUUGCAAUUAUGGGAUACGGCGGGCCAGGAGCGUUUCAGAUCGUUGAUUCCUUCGUACAUUCGUGAUUCCCACGUUGCAGUUGUGUGUUACGACAUAACCAGCCAAAAGUCGUUCAGCAGCUUGGAAAAGUGGGUUAACGACGUUAGAAUGGAAAGAGGCGACGAUGUGAUUGUGGUGAUUGUGGGCACCAAGUCUGAUUUGAGCUCCAAAAGACAGGUGAGUGUGGAAACAGCAGAGGAGUUCUGCAAGCUGAUUGGCGCCAAGUUUAUGAUUGAAACGUCGACCAAGGCCAACCAUAAUGUGAAGCUAUUAUUCAGGAAGAUCGCCUCGUGUUUGCCUGAAUUCAGUGAAAGUGGCGAACAACAGCAACAGCAGGCAGAGACUGUCGAUAGGAACGGGGGUUCCAAGAACUUGGACUCUUCGGGCGCUGCCCAUUAG